AUCUGCUUUCAAUUACUUCACCCUUCGCCCUCAGACAAAUGUAGUCGAUGAUGCUAAAACUGUCGCGUGAGUGAAAGAUAUACUAAGCUGGUGAUCAUGCUGGCUGUCAAAAGACUUGUUUGCUCUAAAGAAUGCACAUUUAGUCGAUAUACGACUGCAUUAACAAGCAUGAUAUAUAACAUGACAGCACGACCGGAGACGCAGCGCUUGUCCUGGGCUGUUAUGGUGAAAGAAAGUAACGUUAGUAUUCAUAGCUCAGCCUGUCUGUCUGGAGGCAACAAACUGAUGAAGAUGCUGGCCAAAAAGAAGAAAAAACAAUGGUAUGAAUCUCCUCUGCAGGCCUCAGCACUUAGUCAGCCUGGCUUUCUGAAACCAUCAAAGCGAAAUAAAGAGGACAGUGUUCGUGUGAGGACUCUCAACAUCAUCAUCUACAAAGCAGUGGUAGACCUACUGAGCUCCUAUGAGAUCAACUCAGAGAUCAGUGCCUACAACAUGCAGAUUUCCAAAGUUUCACUAUCACCAGAUUUCUCUGCUUGUCGAAUAUACUGGAAGACAAGUCUGUCAGCUGAGCAAGACAGCCAUAUUCAGCAGGCUUUAAAUAAAUGUGCUCCUCGUAUACGGCACCUUCUGAUCUCUCACCAAAUCCUUGGCAAUGUUCCACCUGUGGUUUUCAUCAGAGAUAAACAAUAUGCUGCUGUCGCUGAGAUUGAAAACCUUCUCAAGAAAGCAGAUUUUGGUCCAGAUGAAGAUAGCAUAAAUGUUUUAUCUACCAACGAUGUUGGGGCCAAACUGCAGCUGAUGGAAUCUGAACACGACAAAAGACCUGUUUUGUUUGGUGUCGAUCACGAUGCUCUGCACAAACAGAUCGAAGCCUAUAAACGAGAGAAGGGGCCGAGAGACUCUUUCACACAGAGUCCUGCUGCUGGAGGACUAACACAAGAGCAGCUGGAUAUGCUAGCAGAUAUGAGGAAGCAGAAACUCGUAGAGAAAAAGAAGAAAAAGUCCAAAUGGAUGAAGGAUAAUGAUAUCACUCCUAAAGAUUUUCUGUUGUCCAGAAGCCUUCAAAAAGAGGACAUAGAGGAGCAGGACGGUGAUGAGGACAGCCUGGUGGAUAGCCAGGUCACAGAGUUGAUGGAAGAGGAUAACAGGAGACACUGAAAUCACAUUUUUUGGUCACUUGUAAUAUUAUGUUAUAUAGAAGUGUUUAAUAAAAAUCUUCAAGCUUGGGAGAAAAAGUAAAUGGGCUCCAAAGUUGUUUGGUUCCCAAAAUUCUUCAAAAUAUCUUUUGUGUUCAGCUGAAUAAAG